GCUGUUGUUACGAUGGGAUGGUGACAGAGACCUGGCAGCUCGCUCAGGAAUCUCCUCUAAGAGCUGCUUAAAAAACCGAAAUGAAAGCCUACGAUCAGCUCGCUCGAACAAUGUGACAACAUUCCUUUAUUUAUUUAUUUUUUGCUGAUUAAGUCUAAUUUUUUUCUCCUUUUUUUCAAUUUCGGAAUUGAAUAUUUUUCUAUAAUAAAUAUGGAACUGGAGCAAAAAAGUUGACCCAGUGGUGUCCUCUGGAUGUCGCAGAGAUCGCUCUUAAAAUCUAUCGGGGAUGUCUAACCUCUCUCGGUGGGACGGUGACUGCAGCCGCCGCCGCUAUAGAGGAGCGGAUAACGGAAUUACCUCUAAGACCGAAGAACUGUGACAGUCAACGCCUUCCUCUCCCUCUCUCUGGAAUCUCACACCGCUGAAAACACUGGAUUCUUUACACACUGUUGGUUCAUAGACUGCUUUAGGGGAGAGGAAGAGAGGAGCAUGUAGGUCAAAACUGAUGGUGGUUCUUCCUGCUGUUUCCAUGCGUCUUUCUUCACCUCCUCCUCCUCCUUCUCCUCCAGAACUUUGGGCUUUUUUGUGGACUGUGUUCCAAUUCAGUGCGAUGGGCUGCAUCCAGAGCAUCAAGUGUAAGCCCAAGAGUUUCCGAGACAGCGUUAUCGUCCUGGAGCUGAAUGCUUCCAUUGACUCCAACCCCACCAGCAUCGACGAGACGUCAAACGUGGUCCUGCGCUACCGGACGCCGCACUUCCGAGCUCAAGCGCGGCUUCUGGUGCCUCCUAUAGCAACCAAAGAGACAUGGACCAUCGGCUGGAUUCAGGCGUGUAACCAUAUGGAGUUUUACAAUACCUAUGGGGACAAAGGAAUGUCAAGUUGGGAGCUUCCUGACCUGCGAGACAGUAAGAUCCGUGCAAUAAGUGACUCGGAUGGCGUCAACUACCCCUGGUACGGCAACACAACAGAGACCUUCACCGUGGUGGGACCCACAAAGAGGGACAGCAAGUUCACAGUUAACAUGAAUGACAAUUUUUACCCCAGUGUCACCUGGGGAGUGCCGGUCAGCGACAGCAACCUGCCACUGCUCAGCAGCAUCCAGCGCGACCAGAGUUUUACCACCUGGCUAGUUGCCAUCAACCAGGCCACCUCAGAGACAGUCGUCCUCCGGACAAUCCGCUGGAGGAUGCGGCUUCACAUUCAUGUGGACCCAGAGAAACCUCUGGGUCAAAGGGCUGUUUUAAAGGAGCCUGUGGCUCAGGAACAGCCUCAAAUAUUGGGCAAGAAUGAACCCAUCCCCCCCAACGCCAUGGUGAAACCCAACGCCAAUGAUGCCCAGGUGCUUAUGUGGCGGCCAAAGAAGGGUGAUCCCGUGGUGGUCAUCCCCCCUAAAUACUAAUCUACUCCUACAGACCAGACUGGCCUUUCAAACCUCUUGUUUCAUCUCCUAUCUUGUUUUUUUUUACUCUCUUUUCACAGCCUCUCAGUGCUUUAAUCUAUGUUUUUUGUUAUUUUCCCUAUUAUUUUGCCUCUAUAAUCUUCUCAUGUUAGUGGAAAAAAAACCCAAACAAACCAACUGACAUGGAAAGGAGGCUAAUAAAUCCAUUGCAGAGAAAAGGAGCGCAUGUUCCCUUCAAGGAAGGAAUUUACUGCAAUUACCUGCAACCAUUCUACCUUCAAACAGAGGUCGGGUGUCACUGUGCUGAAAUGCAAAAAGAACAAAAGCAGUGUUUUCAUUUUGAUUUAACUCUUUGGCUGGGUGAGGCAGCUGAUGUCAACUGUGGUAGAGGUUAGGCAACAUGUCUGCAAACAUGCUGCUCAAACUGUGUACGAAUACUAGAGGAAUUUUUUAAUAUUAUUUAUAGGCUGGAGGAGAAUGCAUUCAAUUGUGUUUUAUGUUUGGUUAUUUACACGAGGAAUUGCAAUGAGUGACUUUUAAUCUAGUCUUUUUUUUAAGAUAUUCUAGACAUUUUAAUCCAUGCUGCCUUAAGUUUACAUUGCUUUCCACUGCAAACAUGUUUUCGCCUUAAACUUAAGUGCAAUGAAGUUAUUUAGUCCUUUGUCCCAAUUCUUCCACACUCUUGGUGUUGCUGGCAUGUGUGUUUAGGACAAGAACCAGAGCACAGAAGCGAACCGCGUUUUAGAUCCACACGUCUAGAAAACUCCAAUGACAUUACGAGUAGAAACAGUUACACAAUCAAACUAACUCGGCUGGUUGUGUUUCAAGUGGAUUAUGCAACAAAAGAGAAGCUCUGUGAAGUCGUCUGUAGUGCUCAGCACGGUAAACUACAAGAACAUCUGGAGAAAAAUCUAGUGAAAAGCACAGUUGACCUCAUUUUUGUCACUUUAUUCUGCUGAUAAGAACUUCAUCUCAGGGCCUCCGUUUUACUUAUUUCCUCUGUCUGCUUUCAUCUGUCUUUUUUCCCAAACUUGUCCUACUGCUGUAUCUCUAUCUAUGGCUUACACUGGACAUAAUGCAGCUUAUCCUUUUUGUUUCUUUAUCAUUUAAAUUGACACUUUCUCUGUGAGAAAAAAAAGAAAUCUACAAUAGUAUUCUGCUAAUUCUCUUUCUCACGUUAUGUGUUCUCCGCUGUCGAGGCAGUGGGGAAGUUUAAUGCCGACUGCACAGCUGGCAUAUAGAUGACCCACUUCUCUUCUCUGCCAGUCGUAGCUCUCGCUGCAUGCGGGGCCUGUCUCCCUUUAUUUUACCGCCAGCUAGAGUAGCGCAGGCACACAUGCAUGAAUAAAGAGCUCUGGUCAGCUAAAUAUCAGUCUCCCAAAUCUGAAUGCUCCUCUAUCUGGAACACUUUACAAGAAAAUAGAAAUCAGAGUUGAAUUUGAAUUUAGGAAUCCACCUCCUCCUUCCAGGUACGAAGCCAAUGACAGAUUUUUUUUUCUUUCCCAAUUUUUAUCCCAGCAGACAAAUGAAAUAGAUAAAAACUUACCAGUUUAUAAACUGAACCUCAUAUUUAAAUGCAAACCUUGCUACAAACUGAAUGACAAUGGUGACAUUUGCCUCAUAUCAGUAUUCUAGAUCGGAAACUGCAGUUUGAAACUGCAGCCAGGAAAAAAAAAAAUCCCUCUGGUAUUGUCUCAAAAAAAACAUCUGCCACUGUCUUUGAAGCUUAACGGUUGAGCCAUUUUAUUUUAUUUGCAUAACAUGCAAAAAUAGAAACAUAGCUUGCUUUAAUAUAAAGCUGGACUAAAGCUGGUACCUCUGCCUGAAAGAGGGGAGAGGCUUGACCCCACCCACUGUGACCCUGAACAGGAUAAAACUGGAAAAAAAAAAUUCUUAAGGAUAAUACGAAAUUCUGAAAACCUGUGUGAAAUUUUUCCUGUGACUAUAAAUGUGGGUUACCUCUGUGGGAUAACAUCCUCUAAAAGCUUUUUGAGAAUGAAAGAUGUAGACCCUUUUCAGUAAGUGUUAUUAUCUUAUUAAGUAAACAUUAUAGUUGCUUCAAUAAAAGCUAUUUGUUCAAUUUUACACCUCCUUACUGUUUGGGGGCAACUGAUCUGAAAGGUUUUUCUUGAUCCAUUCUUAGUGUUUAACGAGGGAAGAUAAUUGGCAGCGUACCGCCUCAUAUCCCUCAUUUCCUCUCUAAUUAACCCUCCUCCCUUUAAAUAACAGUGUUGUGAAAAUAGUUUAAAGUUUUCGACAAUUCUGUUGGCAUAAAUUUGACAUUUAUAAGAUUUAUUUAUUUUUUUUAUCUCCAAAAAGCAGAUGUCUUCUAUUACCUUGAACUAAUUGUUUGCUUUAUCUUCUGGGACAGACUAAUUCAAAUUCCCAUUCCUCCUGCUGUAGAUAAUUCAUUGUCUGCUACCUUUAAACAGAACCAAUGCUGGAAUAUCCCUUAAAUAAUUUUAAAUUCAAACAUUGCUGAAGCCCAUGGUUGGCUUAAGACAGCCAAUGAGUCACAGGGCAUCACUGGAAGUAUUGAAGGAGAAGGGAGGCUACUGGGGGACGGCUGUCACAUUUAGAUAUGCAGUGACAUACUUUCUGAAGCUCUCUUUGGGCCGAACUGAGCUGAGCUGAGCUGGGCUAGUUCAAAUCACUGCUCAGGCUUAAAGGAGGUCAAACAGUAACAGUAAAGGGCUGUCAGAGUGCAAUGUAAAAGUGAAGGCAAACUGAAUCCUUUCAGAAAACCGAAGCUACUGUGUUAUGAGAGCAGCCUGGAUGCAAUCCAAACAAUUUCUUUGUUAUAAAACAAGCUUGAAUAUAAUGUUUUUAAUUUCUAACCGUUCUGCAUGUGGACUUUUUAUUUCAUAGAUUCUUUUAAAAUCCCAGAUGGACAUCAUGUAGCAUAAAAAUACUCUACCAAACAGAUGCCUGCGCUAGUCUGCUGCCAUUGUCUAUCUAUUCUCUCUCUCUCUCUCACACAUACAGAAAGUUCAGCUGAGUUUAUGUCCUUGUCAUGAAACAGGGGUUGAGCAAGCCCACACCAGCACACAGCUUCCCCCUGAGGGGAAGGGCGCAGGCCGGACGCAGUAUCUGAUUGUCACCGCAGUGUCACUUUGGCAGAGUGUACUCAUUUAGGGGGCCUGCACGUGGCUCAUGCGACUACAUGCACGAGAGAAUGGAGCCAUAAGCACAAACACACCUGCUCACUAAUAUUUAGAGAGUGAUGUGCAGCUCGUAUGUUUUGUUUGUUUUAAUAUUGCAAUUUUGAUAACAAAAAAAGUGAAUUUAAGAGAUCACUGAGAGUGUUUGUCAGUAAUCAUCAGUGUUUAUAUGUUGGGUUGAAGCUAAACGACACCAAGUGUCUUUUUCUUUAUCUAAAUCGUGUUCGAUCAUAAUGUGUGAUGUGUUCACACCAGGGGAAAAUGACAGCAAUGCUAUUUGUGCUUCCCU